AUGACAAAUAACUCUAGUGCUCCUAUACCUUAUGAAGUAAACUCGAUGAAUGAAGCCAAUUCAGGCGCAGACCAAUCCAAUAUAGAGAAAAUUCCCAGCGUCACUAGUAAUUACGGAAUUGCCGGAAUGACACCAGUGAAUGUCAACCCAUAUUCCACAGGUCCAGUUUUCAUGAACACAUACCCAAUAAUCAACGAAUAUGGACAGCAUAUGCAGGUACUCCCACAGUUCCAACAGACCCAAAACUAUAAGUACUAUCCGAAAUUAGAUGCAGGACAUUUAGACUACAAAACCCCGAGCAACUAUCAACUGUCGAGUCAUUCACAGGCGGAAUAUUACUAUCCUCAACCACAGACACAAGGACAAGGGCAAGGACAAAUUCAAGUACAGGUUCAGCCUACCCACUUCACCACGCCAUAUUCUCUAAAUACCAAUCAAGGCACAGAUGAGCAUUUUGACUAUCCAAAUAACAACCAGUAUGUUUCCUCUGUGUCUAUGAAUGCGAUCAACUCGUCAAACUCUUCACAUCACACUAGUGUUGAUAAUGAUAUUAUAAACAGAAGAAACACCGAUCCUAACUUGGCGUCUGUGUCGAAUUCGGCCAAAGCAUCAAAAUCUGCAAUGAUAAGGACAAAAAGAACGUGUUCGAUUUGUCAAAAAGUUUUCAAUAGACCUUCAGCCUUGAAAACCCAUAUGUUCAUACACACGGGCGAGAAACCUUUUGUGUGUGAAUGGCCUGGCUGUGGUAAAAAGUUCUCGGUUCGUUCAAAUAUGAUCAGGCACUCCAAGAUUCAUAAAAGAAAUGAAAAACUCCAGUAA